UUGAGCCUUCAAUCAAAACUUAAAACCUAUGCUUUCACUACCCUCUUGUCCAAAGGCGGACAACCGAUCGUGUGUGCUAUCGCGACGCUACCCCGCGCGUCUCCUUCGUUGCCAUUUCUUUUGCAACUAAAUGCUCAGAUCCCUAUUCAGAUGUACGAUAAUGGCUUUCGGAAUGUCCACAGCAUCGAUACUGAAUCAUCGGUGAUAGAGGCGCAACAGCUCAGAAAUCGUGAACGUUCCGAAUUAGAAUUUUCAAAGGAUGACGCAACUUCGAUGUCUUUUGGUGAUGACGAUUUUUCUGUAGUAAUUGACAAAGGAACUCUAGAUGCUCUUCUACCACCAGAACCUAGUGAACAGCAAAUAGACUGUGUUCAAAGGAUGUUUCGCGAAGUUCAACGGGUGCUCAAA